CAAGGCAUUGAUGUAACCAAAGAUGUCAUGGCCAUGCAAAGGCUGCGAGAAGCUGCAGAAAAAGCAAAGUGUGAACUGUCCUCUUCUAUACAGACCGACAUAAACCUGCCGUAUCUGACAAUGGAUGCCUCCGGCCCUAAACACAUGAAUCUGAAACUGACAAGAUCCAAGUUUGAGUCUAUAGUUGAUGGUUUGGUGAAGCGAACAAUUGGGCCAUGCCAGAAGGCUUUGCAGGAUGCUGAUGUUAAGAAGACAGAUAUAGGAGAGGUCAUUCUUGUUGGGGGUAUGACCAGAAUGCCCAAGGUUCAGUCAACAGUGCAAGAGUUAUUCGGCAGGACACCAAGCAAGUCUGUGAAUCCAGAUGAAGCUGUAGCUAUAGGUGCUGCUAUUCAGGGAGGUGUACUAGCAGGUGAUGUGACAGAUGUAUUGCUGCUGGACGUGACACCCUUGUCCUUAGGCAUUGAGACACUAGGUGGUGUCUUCACCAAGCUUAUUAACAGAAACACCACUAUUCCCACAAAGAAAAGUCAGGUAUUUUCCACGGCUGCAGAUGGUCAAACUCAGGUACAGAUCAAAGUUCACCAAGGAGAACGUGAAAUGGCAGGAGACAACAAAAUGUUGGGACAGUUCACAUUG